AUGAGGAAGAAUACGUCUAAGGCAGGAGGUGAGAUAGCCAUAUGCUGCAGCAAGACUUACUCUGACGUAUCGAAAAGAGCAACAACUCUGGAAGUAUAUUAUUAUAAUAUUACAAGGAUUGGUGAUUUAAUAUACGGAGUGAACGAUGAAUUAGUCACAAGCGACAGGGUCAUGGCAGGGGAUUCCGAUCCCUUGCAAGAUUUCUGCGUUGCAGAUGAGGAAAGCAAAGUUUUGGUGAACGGGUUCGUUUGCAAAGACCCAAUGCAAGUUUCAGCAGACGACUUCUUCUUCCGGGGACUUGGGCAGGCAGGGAACACCGACAAUGAUGUGGGCUCCAACGUAACGAUGGCGAACGUUAAACAGAUACCAGGCCUCAAUACGUUGGGAAUAUCGUUGGUCCGCAUCGACUACGCAGUGGGUGGAAUAAAUCCUCCUCAUACACACCCAAGAGCCACCGAAGUUCUUGUUUUACUGGAAGGCCAGCUUCUUGUGGGUUUCAUUGACACCAACAACAAGUUUUUCAGCAAAACGUUGGAGAAGGGAGAUGUGUUUCUGUUUCCAAAGGCACUUGUGCAUUUCCAGCAGAAUGUGGGGCAUGAAAAUGCGGUGGCCAUAUCUGCAUUGAGCAGCCAGCUUCCGGGAGUUCAGACAAUCGCCAACUCUCUGUUUGCAGCGGAUCCUCCUCUCCCAGAUUCCGUAUUGGCCAAGGCCUUCCGCAUCACACAGGAAGUUGUGGAUUACAUUCAGAAGAAAUUCGCAUAA